UUUUGAUUUAUAUUCACAUUUACUUUUAUUGAGCUUAUUGUAAAUAACCCAUCAAGGAAGAUUAUCUAUCAUACACGUCAACAUCUUCAACAAUCAAAAAAGAUGGAGCUUCCGGGUCCCGGGAUGAAACGUCCGGACCCUCGGAGAAAUGCCCCGAAGAAGAAGCAUAAGCCUGCAGAGCAAGCCCUUUCUCUUACGUGGGAAAAUGUGAGCGUGAAGGCCGGUGGGAAGACCAUCUUACAGGAUGUCUCCGGUCACGUCAAAGCUGGGGAAACCCUAGUGUUGCUGGGGUCCGCUGGAGCAGGAAAAACGACGCUUUUGAGUCUGUUGUUACGACACAAUGAUUUAAAUUUGUGAAUUAUUUGGUCUUGAGCAGUUGCAGUUUAGAAGCUAUAAAAAUCUUCGAAGGAGUGUAACAGAAAAAAGUAAGCUGUGUUGGAAAGUUGUAGGAAGGAAAGUCUCUAUUAUAUAUAACGUCUUUGUCGUGCAGGAGCUUAUUAAUUUUUGAAUUAAAGAUGAUAAACUUAAACAUCUUUCUUCCUGCUCGUCGUGAUUGGCUACGUAGGUGCAGUGCAGAUAGCAAUGAAUAUUGCAGCUAAGUCUCCACUAGAGUCUAAUCCAAGCCGGCGUAUUUCAGCCACCCGGAGGAGGGUCUCGUUCUUCAGCUGCCCUGACCGCCGCUUCCGAAGCAAGGGAACAAGUCUCGAGAAAGAGUAGAAGUACUCUCGAUGAUGCAAAUCAAGAUCAACUACAGAGCAACAAGAAGGAAGUAGGAGCCUCUCGUGCGCGAAGAAGGAAGAAAGAAGUGCGAACUAUAGCAAGAGGUCAGAAUGAGCAAGAUGACGAUCUACCAUCUGUUGACGCUGACAUCAAAGAAGAUGAAAUUGUUUCGGACUUAGAUGAUGCUGAUGAGCCGUUGCUUGACCCUGACGAGGAAGAUGGCGACGUUCUAAAUGAGAAGUCUUUUUUUGCCCGUCGCGGAGUUGAUCACUUGACAGAUAUCAAAGACGAUAUCAACAGAGGAGCUAAAGACGACACUCCAGCUCCUCCAGUAUCGGGUACAAUCACGGUUGGCGGCUCUAUCGGCCGAGCG